GAAUUGGUGCCAAGUGAACUCAGGUACCCGCUAUCGGGUCAUCUUCUUCUUCUGGACCCUGAAGUUCUUGUGAGGGCUAGGAUUUGGUGUUUCUGAGGACCGACCUUUUUCAGUGUGAGGUAGUUUGGCUACGAAAGACAGUCGCUCUUAAGCUACGUCUUUGACGCUUCAUCUUCUGCAACCAUCACGGAUCUGAGCCCCCCUGAAUUUUAUCACUUCUCAAGUCUGCAGCGAAACGGGUACCUUACUCUCAUACCAGUCAUAAAACAACUCCUACAUUCAGCCACUAUGUCAACACAGUUUCCAGUCUUCCAACAAGACCAGUUUGACAUUUUCGAAUGGCAUCCCAAGUUCCUGUCUUGCCUUCGGUACUUUAUCGACCAUGCUCAGUAUAGCCCAGCAGUUCAAACUGUCGCUGCCUGCGUCAACAUUCUCCUCCCUUUCCAGAAAGGAAAUCUACAUCCCCUAACGCCGACACGCAAUGGGCCCCCUUCAUCUUCAUCUUCCUCCAGAGCGUCAGUUUCUGGAAGUCUACCCCUGGGAUCUACCUCAAUAACUCUCAUUCCUUACAUUCGCCGUCUCAUAGUGACAGGUUUCGAUACGCCUGCAGUUCUCCAUGGAUUCUUCGGUGACGAUUGGGUGCUUGGCAUUGGACGGGUUCACGAAAGUGAGCGCAGAAACUACAUGUUUGCCGCCAAGAGCGAUAACUGGCUGAGAGUCAAAACUCAAUAUGAUAUGGACGAUGGGCAAACAGUCCCAUUUCUGAGACCGCUACAGAACGUUACCGAGGAAGAGAUACAGGCCGCUGAAUCCAACUGGAGCGAAUGGCUUGCAAUGCAAGACUGGAUGCUUGGACCGAGGGCUCCGCCGGAUCUCAGCGAGCAUUUUGUCACGGUUAAGAAGGAACGCGACUGAUCAUAUGAGAAGUGUUUAGAAGCACAUAUCCUACAAAUGGCUCAUGGUAGAAGGCAGCCGCUCCGGGCAUACGAUAGACGGACUGGAUACGACGCUGAAACCAGCAUAUGGAAUGAAACUCAUCAUUCAAGGAAGAAAGCAAGUAGAUAGUUGAAUUACUUUGAUUAAGGGGCAAGGUAGGGAAUCAGCACCUACACUUCCACCCUUGCUAGCAUAGCGAUGUCAAUUCACUGUUUUUG